AUGGCUCGGUUUAAUAAUUCUAUUAACUAUUGUGGGCUGAAGGAGGUUGGCUUUGUAGGUCCGAAGUUCACAUGGCUAUAUCAAAGACAAGAUAACACUCAAAUCAGGGAACGACUAGAUAGGGCCCUGGCUUCUACAGAUCGGCAUUCUCUAUUCCCUACUGCAAAGCUUCAUCAUAAGUCCUCUUCUGCUUCUGAUCAUAAUCCUCUUUUGUUGCAUCUAUUCUCAAAGAAAAAACACCAGAAAUACAAGAAAAUAUUUAGGUUUGAGUCUAUGUGGUUGAAGGAUGAGAGAUGUGAGAAAGUGGUGACAGAGGCAUGGGAGGAAGGGAUGUGUAUGGCUUCGAAUUUUCCUAUUUUAGCUUGUAUGGAGUCUUGCAGAAACAAAUUGGAGGUAUGGAAUGCGAAUGAGUAUGGGCAUGUGGGAAAAAAGAUUGCUUGUUUACAAAAACGUUUAGAAGGACUGGAGAUGCAAGCUUCAUCACCUGGGGUUAUCAGAGACUUAAGAGAAACUAGAGUGGAGUUGAAUUGUUGGCUGGAUAAAGAACAUGCCAUGUGGAAACAGAGGGCACGUCUAAAUUGGUUUCAGGAGGGAGAUCGAAACACCCGAUUCUUUCAUGCACGGGCUUCAGCAAGGUUUCAAAAGAAUUUAAUUGAGGGGGGUUUUUGA